AUGAAUCAUUUUUUGUGCGUUCUUUUAUUUUUGUGGCGAACUUCUCUGGCUGAUAUUACGAUUUCGAUUGAAGCUCCAGGAAGACAACAAUCAACAGCAACAUUUGAUUAUGUCGGAAUCGAAGAUUUUGACAAAUUGUCGCCAGGCGUGCAUGACACAUUUGAAAGCACCUUCCAUUUAGAUGGUGAAAUCAAAGGAGUGUAUAGCGGUGUGACUGUAACAGUGAACUUCUAUUGCGAGCAAUGCACGUUCGAUGAAGUUCGCUUUCUUCAAGUUACCCAGAGUGGCGCUGGAUAUGAAAGCGAUAAUCAUACGGUGGGAUAUUACACGGCAAAAUCUGGAGAAAUUGUACCAGUGCCAACAAAGAAACCAACAACCACUACAACCAUUACAACCACAACAACCACCACAACAACACCCACCACAACAACAACCACCACAACAACCACCACCACAACCACAACAACCACAACUACAACAACCACAACUACAACAAUCACAACUACCACAACUACAACAACUACAACAACUACAACAACCAGAAAAGCAACCACCAGAUUAACUACAACCAAACCCAAACCAACCACGACAACUAUUGUGACCUCCACAGCAACAACAGUCACCUCUACAGCUACAACCACCGCCCCACCUGCUUCGCCUCCUAUCGGGCCUGCAAUCGGAGGGGCAUUAGCGGGUUUGGCGGUGUUGGGUGCCUUAGGUGGCGCUGCAGCGUACCAUUUCAAAGGCCGCGAUUCUGUUACGGCGUCAGAUUUCGAUCUCUGUGAAACGGAAGACACAAAGGCCGACGAAGAAAGCCGAGAAGUAACUGCGGAUGUUACCGGGGGCGAAUACCUGUGA